UGCGAAGGACCUCACAGACUGACCUUCCUCUAAAGGGUAGGUGCUUCCUGGACACCUCGAAGUACUUGACAGAGUUCCUCAAGAUUUUACAGGGAAAUGGUGCGGUCGUUUAGAGGACAUUCCACACAAGAGCAGGUCUGAUUUGGAGUCCAGAUUCAGGGACACAAAGAAAAGGCUGUUAAAUUUGAGAAUUUAAAGCAGUGCAAACAUGUCAUUUACAUGUGAGCAAUUUUAUAACGAGGCAAUACGGCCGAAUUUGGCUCGUUUUUCAUCAACGGUCAAAGUGAGAGAUAUCUUACCUCACCUGCCAUGCCUCACACUCACUGAUAGGGAAGAGGUCAAUGCCAAGAGAGAAACUUCUGGAAACUUCACUGCUAUGCAAACACUUUUGGACAAUCUACGCAGACGUGAGAAAUGGCCUGAUGAGUUCAUCACUGCACUCCGGAACUGUGAACAUAGGGAACUGGCUAAUGAGAUGAGCACUACUUAUGACAAGAUCAGGAACAACACAAAUAAUGCUGCUCCUGCUGCUCCUACACCCAAACCACCACCUGCUCCAGCUGCUUCUUCUACUUCAUCUGGUUCCACAACAACCACAACCACAGUGACAGUUCAUGCAGUCCCAGCAAACUCUCCUCCUCUGCUGAUUCCAACCUCAGGGGGAGCCCCAGUAAGUUCAUCUGCCCCUUCCAACAUUGCAGCUCCUGCUCCUGUUAAACCUCUUACUGCAGUUCCAGCACCUUCUCCUGAACCAGUUUCCCAAGCUGAAGUAGCACCUCCAGUUGUAGCUCCUUCCCAAGCACCUUCCCUUCCUGAAGCCUCCAUCUCUGAAGUGUCUUUACCUGUUCCAACCCUUACUGGGGCAGCUGAGAACAAAACAUCAGCUUUAGAUGAUUCAGAUGGCUUGGCUUUAACAGACCAAACCACCAUCUCCUCUGCUGAAGCUCUUCUCUCCACCUCAAGUGCUCAAGCAUCCUCCUCAGACACUUCCACUUCUCAAAGCCAAAUAACAAAGCUUUACACCACCUCCCAGACUUCUCCGAAGUCAAAAAAGACCCAGGUGCCAACAGCAGACAUAGAUUUUGACAUUUCUGAGAGACUCCCUGUCCAAGACAUUAAUCUCCCAUUGAGAAUGCAAAGGACAUUUCAGGAGCCGGAAGAGAUCUCUGACCCAAAUAAGAGGAACAACACUGUUGGGUUGCCGGUUUUUAAUAAUGCUCCAACAAAUUCUACCACAACAGCUCAGGCAACAUCUUCUGCACCUGCUGAGGUUACGCACUCUCUCUCUUCCAUCGACCAGGAAUUUUUCAGCAAGCCUAAAGUCCUUCAGCAUCCAGAACCCCAGCAGAACAAAGCAGAGAUUCUUCCUGUCUUUCAAGAGGAGCCUUGCUCAGUGGUUACAGAUGAUUUGCAGUUCAGCCGCGCAGCAGACUCUUCCACAGAACUUGGAGAGUCUACUAGUCUUGCAGACCAGAACUCAGCUCCACUUGCUUCCCUUGAUUCUGCUACUCAGUCCUUGCAAGACCCACCAUACAGUGCUGCUCCCUUGACCCUUAACCAGCCUGAGGAGGACAACUAUGAAUCUUUCAAUGGGAGUCAUACAUUGCUAAAUGUAAUCCGGUAUGCUGAAGAGCCAUCUGCUGAAAAUAUGAAUGGUCAGCCACCAAGCAUCCUGCAACGUAACACAGUCAUUUCUGAGGACCAGCAUACCCUGAGCUAUGUUAGCACAGAAAGUGCAGUUCAUCUUUCUGAGCCAUCUGGGCAUGACAGUAAGAAGUCAACCACCAUCAACAUUCGAGAGGAAGAAUCCAGUGCUGCUAGGCCAGAGCAGAGAGGAGAGGGGCACCCAGAGUUAUUCAGAAUAAACAACUCCCACCUUAUUGCUGCUGCAGGGAUUGGUCUUUCCGCAGCGUUCUUGGCCUGGAAAAUCACCCACAAAUGAAAAUUUGUUAUCAUGUACUCACUCUUGUGUUGCAUGAAACCCCUAUGAUUUUUUUUUAUUUUAAAUGAAACACAAAGGGACUUGAG